AUGCAGUUCUCCAAGCUCCCCGCCUUCAUGCUCUUCGUCGCCGGCCGCAUCGCGACCGCCGACAUCAUGCAGACCUACUACUGGGCGGGAGCAGCCUCCCCUCCCGCAGGACGCGACGCUCCUUUUACUAUCGACUGGCAGUACAACGACGGGAACUGGCACAGGGGCGUCAACGCAGGGUACGACUACUGCAAUUUCGGUACCGGGGUCUACACGCAGGAGUACCUCUGCCUUUACACAAACAGCUGGACCGCCAGGUUCAAGUUCCAGAAUGAGGGAGAACGGUGCAUGAAGCUCAGUUCCUGCGGGGGCACGUUGUGCGGCGGGAACCCCUGCACGGCAUGCACCUGGCUGGAGGGCUGUUAG